CCCAUUUUACCUGGAAACGUCGUCGCAUCUUAUUUCACAUUAAACAAUCAAAAUUUGUGUCGUGAGAAAUUGCAAGCGAAAAUAUACAGGAAUGUCGCAGCAAGAAUCUACACCGUAUGAUCUGGCAUAUCGUGGCAAAACUGCGGCCGUGAAGAUUCUGCUAAACGAAAAUGAGAAGCUGAAAACACAAACGGAUAAUAACGGUCGAAUGCUGAUACACUGGGCGGCGCUGGGUGGUCACGAUGACCUGGUUCGGCAUUUACUCUCUCUCGAUGUACCGGUGAAUCCCACGGAUGACACAGACAUGACUCCGCUGAUCCUGGCUGCGUCCGCCGGUCGCGAGAAGGUCGUCAACACGCUGCUGAACGAGGGGGCGAACGUGAACGCGACAACGGUCGACGGCCACUCGGCUCUACAGUACGCCGCGUCGAAGAAUUGGAAGUCCAUCUGCGUGGCGUUGCUCGAGAAGGACGCCGACGUCAACAUCGCGGACAAACGAGGCGCCACGCCUCUGCACAGGUCCGCCUCAAAGGGCAACACGGCCAUCGUGAAGCUCCUCAUAGAGUACGGGAAGAGUUUGAAUAUAGAUCGGAGAGACGUGUACGGUAACACGCCGCUGCAUCUCGCUUGCGAGGAGAACCGCGUGGAAGAAGCGAAGCUACUGGCGGCGAACGGCGCGGACCUGACGAUCACCAACAAGGAACGCAAGACCCCGUUGGAUCUCGCGGCUCCUGGUCUGGCCCGACAGCUCGAGGAAAUCAAGCGAAAGACUACGUCGAAGUAAAAAGCGCGCUCGCCGUUUCUUGAUUCUCUCUCUCUCUCUCUCUCUCUCUCUCUCUCUCUCUCUCUCUCU